AUUCCUCUAACUUCAAUUAAAAAAAUGACGUUUCAACGGCCAAACCCAUGUAAGUCCAAAAGAUUCACAAACGCCUAAAUUAAGUACAGAAAACCUCUCCACUUCUCAUACCUCAACCCAUCGGCAAGCUUCAAUUCAUCACAGUUCGCAGCCAUGGCUUCGAUCAAGAGAACUGCGGUUUUGCUAUUGAUGAUGGAAUUGUUUCAGGUGAUGGAUGCAGCUAUUUACAAGGUUGGGGACUCAGCUGGUUGGACCACCAUUGGAAAUAUCGACUACAAAGGGUGGGCUGCUACUAAGACCUUUCAAGUCGGUGACACUAUUGUUUUUGAGUACAAUCCUCAAUUUCACAAUGUUAUGCGAGUAACACACGCCAUGUACAGGGCAUGCAAUGCCUCUGCCCCUUUGGCAACCUAUACCACGGGCAAUGAUUCAAUCACCAUAAAAACUCGUGGUCACCAUUUCUUUUUCUGCGGUGUCCCUGGCCAUUGCCAAGCUGGGCAGAAGGUUGACAUUAACUUGCCUCGCAAUGAAGAAGAUCUGGCUCCAACUCCUUCUGCUUCUACUUCUUCUACGCUCUCUCCUCAAGUUCCUGCUGCCAGAGUACCAGGCCCUUCGUCCAGCAGUGCCAUUUCAUUCAAGCAUUUAGGUAAUCUUGCUUCGGCUGUUGCUGUUUUGGAAACUCUGGUUUUCAAUUUUGCUUAAUUAAGAGGUGCUUGAUGAAACUUGGGAGGGAUUUAUGAGAUGGACCAAUUAGUUAUGUAAUAAUUGAAUUAUUAUAAUCUUGAUUAAAUGUAUUGAUCAGAACUAAUACAGGAGCUUAAUCUCUCA